GAUUUUGGGAUUUAAUUUUUUUAAUUUGUUUUGUGCAGAUAUGCUUCAUCGUGAAGGAGCGUCUACAGUACGACCACCUCUCUUGGAUGGAUCAAAUUACUCUUACUGGAAAUCGAAGAUGAAGAUGUUCAUCAAGUCCGUUGAUGAACGAGCUUGGCGUGCUAUCGUGACUGGUUGGACCCCGCCCAUGGCUAAAGGAACGGAUGGUAUGCAAACGGUAAAAUUAGAAGAAACAUGGACUAAUGAAGAGAUAUUACUUGCCAAUUACAACUCAAGGGCGAUAAACUCAAUUUUCAGUGGCGUUGGUGACAAUCAGUUCAAACUGAUAGCAUCGUGUGAAUCAGCAAAAAGGGCAUGGGAGAUCCUACAAGUGACAUAUGAAGGCACAUCAACUGUUAAAGCAUCUAAGCUGCAGAUGCUAGCCACGAGAUUUGAGAGUCUUCAUAUGGAGGAGGACGAGACGAUUGCUGAUUUCCAUGCUAAGCUGUGUGAUAUUUCAAAUGAAUCGUAUGCACUAGGUGAACAAUACUCGGAAACAAAGUUGGUAAGAAAGGCACUACGUUCAUUACCAGAAAGAUUCGCUUACAGAGUUGCAGCAGUCGAAGAAGUGAGAGAUAUCAAUACGCUAAAGCUAGAUGAACUCAUGGGUAAACUGCAAACCCAAGAAAUGAAUUUUAGAGCAAAUAUUCGAGAAAAGAAAAAGGUGAAGAAUGUGGCAUUCCAAGCUGAAGCUUCCCAUGGCAUCUCACAAGGCCAAACAUUUCAUGAGUGUGACAUUGAUGUUGAAGAAUCCUUAGCAAUUAUGUCAAAUAACCUCGAAAGCCUGCGUCAAAAAAUUGAAAAUAGAGAAAAUUCCUCUCAAUCAGGUAAGUCUGUUAACCCUAACAAAUUUAAAAAGUUUUCUAAUAAUGGUUAUUUUGGUGAUGCAAAGUCUAGGAGAAAGCAAUGUCGAGAGUGUGAGGGUUUUGGACAUAUUCAGGCCGAGUGUGCGAACACUUUGAAGAAAAACAAGAUGUCACUCACCACUGUUUGGAGUGAUAAAGAGGACAGUGAUGAGGAUGAGAACAGCAAAGGAGAUCAAACCACUAACUUUAUGGCAUUCAGUGGUACUACUUCGAUGAGCAGAACCGAGGGAACUGUUGCAACAGUCUAUCCGAUAGAUUUCAGGUAUGAUGAAUUAUCUUUAAAUAAGGACAAUAGUCUGACUUCACCAUUUAAUUUUGCAGGUGAAUCUGAGAGCAGUAGUGAUGAUGAAGAGCCAACCCUCGAAGAGGUGAAAGAUGUAUAUGAAAAAAUGUACCGGAAGUGGCUUGAAGUAUCUGAGGUAAAUAAGCGCCUUGAAAAUGAUAAGCAUGUUCUCAUAGAGGAAAAUAAAGUGUUGAAGGUAAGAAUUUCUACUCUUGAACAAAAUGUUAUUUCUUCUAGUAGAGAUAUAGAUAGCUUGAAGGCUAAAUUUGCUCAAACCCAAGAUGUUAUUUCUAAGUUUAAUACUGGUAGAGUAACUUUGAAUGAAAUUUUGAACAAAAAUCAGCCGAACUACUGUCGUUUAGGUAUAGGGGGUAACCAACUAUCUACUGGUGGAUCGAAACAGAAAGAAUCACAAACUGUUGCGACAGUUGCACCGACACAGCCAUUUCAAAGAAGAGUUUUUGUUCCUACCUGUCAUUUUUGUCAUGUUCCUGGUCAUAUACGACCCAGGUGUUUUAAGUACUUGAAAAUGUCGGAUUUUUGGGGAUUGCGUUUAUCGUGA